GAAACACAAGUCAUGUGACAUUCAUGAACACAUUGCUCAUUCCGGCUUCUACUGAUUCUGGGAUUGUGACAGUGAACAACUUAAGUCUUGAUUUCUCUUGCUCAUAUGCUCUAAACAUGCAAAGUUCCCUGUUAACAGUCUUCAAACCAGUUAUGAGUUCAGCCAACCUAAACACUGGGAAUUCAGCAAGUGAAGCAAAAACAACCAUAGCAGCAUAUAUUAACCCCUCAUACACUGAGCCUCUGCAACAAGAGGAACAGGAGCAGAUUCCAAUGGACUCUACCCUAUAUUUUGGAGUGUCUACCGAUUUCUAUGACCCAGAUUUUGUUCUACGUGUAGAAACAUGCUUUGCUUCCCCUAUAAAUGAUAACGCAAGCCCUAUGAAAGUGAUGCUGCUUGAAAAUGGAUGUUCAACUGACCAGGGGCAGUAUAUCAAUGUCUUCGACAAUGGAAAAACCAAGGAAGUCAGGUUCAGUUUGGUUUCCCUCGCCUUUCAGGGUUAUGACACUGUCUACAUUUUCUGUGGUGCAAGACUAUGUUUAAAUUCAACGGGAACUUGCAGUGGGUGUUUCAAGACCCGUGCCACCAUUGAAGACACAGUACAGCUGGGGCUUGGACCUUUCACAUUUAUAGGUGGCUCCAGCAGUUCUGGUUCUUGCACAGUUAUGUCUGUUGCUUUGCUUGUUGGAACCAUGUUGGCUUUUAUCUUCUGUGAAAUAAACUGAAACUGAAACAUCUGAAGACAAUGCCCUGCAUCUGAACUUUUAGAUCUGAACUUGCCAGACUAGAGUUAACUCAUCCUCACCAACUACAAUAUUAUGAACAGAAAUCAUUUUAACCAUUUUGACCUCUAAAGAAAUUGUCAGAUAUCUGUAAAUAAGAUUCUUUAUCUUAUUAUCUAGUUUUGUUGUAAUUUCCUGUUCCAUGCAGGUAAUUUAUAUGUUAAUUAUCUUUA